AUGAGGAAGAAUAAAGACGACAACCCUGCGCUUAGACUCUUGGCCGAACAUCAGGAUAGGAAAAGGGCGAAAAGGAUCAAGGAAUUGAAAAAAGAAGGGACCACUUCAUUCGAAAUUCCAGGUACACCGUUACCAGCGUAUGCACCGAGGUAUAAAAUACCUGAGGACAUAUACGAGGAAUUGGAAUUUAAACGACUCAACGAUAGAUUACACACCAGUUACCACUCUGACCCUGAGGCAGCAAGGUUUAUGUGUCAACCUGGCAAGGCUUACCCUUCGCUGCCACAAGAGGACUACGACUAUGUUCAGUUCGGCGGGAUCCGUAAAUGGGCCCAAAGCACCGACGAACCCAAGCAAAAAAGGAAAAUUUUUAGAAAGAGGCUAAGUCUGCCUCCUCCUACUGAAACAGAUAAAGACUCAGACGAAGACUACGAAAAGAUUGCGUCUCCAAGACCUGUUCUGAGAUUGAGAGGUGGAGCGGGAAGCAGCUCCGGAUCACCAUCCGGCACCCCGUCUACCAUGGACAGGAAGCGCAAGCAGACUGAAGGAAAUGAUUUUAACGACCACGAACUCUUAGGAGAAAAGAAGUUGUAA